AUGGCCUCUCGCUCCGUCCUCCUCCGACUGAGAUCGCAGCUCCUCCGCUCCACCUCCUCUUCCUCCUGCACAAGCAUCUUCUUCUCCUCCACUCGCCAGAUCGCCUCCGCCGCCAUAUCGGAGCGGUUGAUUCUCUCAUCGAUUUCAGAUCUCCGUGCAGUUUACAACGAUUCCGCCUCGAUCUCAGGUCCCCGACUCUUCUCGACGGCGCGGCGCCACCCGGCGCGGCCGAAGACCGUGGACAUCGGAGCCCGAGCUCGCCAGAUGCAGACCAGGCGGCUGUGGACCUACGCGCUCGCGUUCAGCUGCGUGGCCGGGUUCAUCGUCAUCGUCCUGAACAAUUUCCAGGACCAGAUGGUGUUCUACGUGACUCCGACCGACGCGAUGGAGCAGAACCAGGCGAAUCCGAGGAAGACGAAGUUCAGAUUGGGUGGAUUGGUCCUUGAAGACUGCUCAUGA